AAGAAACACCUAAUUUAGGUAUUGAUGUUGGUGGAAAUAAUUCACUUUUAGGUCAUGAGGCAAUGCAACAACAUUUAACCGGAAAUCGGUCGGUUCCGUAACCGGUUACCGGUCCGGUCCGGUUUGAACCGGUUGCCGGGUUUACUUGCAAGUUGCAAGAACCGCCUCACAAAGUAUUAAAUAUUAAGAAACAAAGAAAAGCAGUACAAAAACCAAAACUUUAAGGAACUGGACACACACAUCUCUCUGCAAAAUCAAACCGUCACGUAAUUUAGCUCUCCUUCAAUCAUUUUUCAGCCACAAUCACUAGCAGUUUGUGCCAUAUAUAUAUAUAUACACACACUUGCAAGUUCCAUAUUCCUCCGUAGCAAGAGCCUUUUGGGAUUUCCAACACUAUGUGGAGCAACCUUCAAUUUGAUCUCCUAUCCAACAUUUUCUCUUAUCUUUCCCCUGAUUCCUUAGCCAGGGCCAAAUCUACCUGCAAGAGUUGGCAUAUAUGUGUCAACAAUUCAGCUUCGUGGGCAAUGCUGCCACGACGGAUGAUUCAUCCGCCGUGGUUCAUAGCGUUGCCCACGCGCAACCACGGACAUUUUAUUUAUGCUCACAACCCAAGUAACAAUUCCUGGCAUCUACUGCCUCUUGAUUUCAUUCCUAACCCAAUUCGCCCAAUUGGUGCAAUUAAUGGCCUGAUACUACUUAGAGAAACCACAACUACUACUCUUCAAUUAGCCAUAUGCAAUCCCUUCACCAGACAAUUCAGGCACCUCCCAAAGCUAAAUGUCUCAAGGACUAAUCCAGCUGUUGGAGUAAUAGAAUUAAAUUCAGCUAAUUUCAAGGUCUACGUGGCUGGAGGAUUGAGAGAGGCGAGGAGCGUAGAAGGAGGUGCCUCUGCCUCGUAUGAACCCACCUUAGAAGUAUAUGAUUCUAUUUAUGAUAGCUGGAAAACGAUUGAAUCAAUGCCGAUGGAAUUUGUUGUAAGGCUAACAGUUUGGACAUCAAACGAGAGCGCUUACUGCGACGGUGUCCUGUAUUGGAUCAGCUCUGCUCGGGAUUAUACGGUAAUAGUAUUCGAAAUUGGGAAGAAAAAUUGGAGAGAAUUAAGUGUGCCAAUGGCUGACAGGCUUGAAUUUGCAGGAUUGGUGCCAAGAAAUGGAAAAUUGAAUCUUGUUGGUGGAACUAGUGAUGCAGGGGCAUGUAUAUGGGAGCUUAGUGAAGGUAAUAAUUGGAGAAUGAUUGAGAAGGUACCACAAGAAUUAGGGGCAAGAUUGUUAGGAGGUAAAGGGAGAUGGGGUAGUAUUAAUACAAAAUGUGUAUGUAUUGCUGGGGCUAUGUGUUUAUACAGAGAUCUUGGAUCAAGAAUGGUAGUAUGGAGAGAAUGUGCAAGAAAUAGUAAGUGGGAAUGGCAUUGGAUUGAAGGGUGUGAUACAAUUAAAGGGAUGAAAUCGCAAACUUUCCCCAUUAAAGGACUGUUGUUACAUCCCUGUCUUGCAUCUUCCAGUUUCCUGAACAAAUGAGCGUUAAAUUCUCCACUCUUCCAAGUUCCAAAACAUAUCGGUUUAAUUUUCCUCCAUAUGUAAAAAGAGAAUCCUGAUUUGCUUGUAAAGUUGGAUUAGAUAUAGCAUAAAGGAUUAAGGAACUUUUAAUAAUGAUAAGGAAACUCCAUUUGUUGAUUACUCAAGUCUCUGAGACUUUUCAGCUGGUGUUUUUAUAACAUCAUUUGGUGUAAAUAAUGGCUGAUGCGGAUAAACUUUCACUUUUACCCAAUAUGGAGUAUCUUUUUUUCUCGAUAAUCCUUUCUUUUUGUCAUUUUUGCAAUUGAUAUGUUUAUCGAUCCAAUUGGUCUUAUUUCAGUAUUUUUCUCUUACUACCUUCCAUAUUUUGCUUAUUUGUUGCUGA